GUGUAACUCCUCCUCCACCACCACCAUCACGAGGCAUAUCUCUACGUUGUCAAACAUCAAUUAUACAUCAAUAUUUAGAAAGAGAAAAAAAAGUUAUAGGACCACCAACUUGUAGUACACCACCACCACCACCACCAGCUUCCUCAAGAACAGGUCUACCAUCACCUCCUCAACGGGUAUCAAGAGGUCCUCCACCUCCUCCUCAAAUGUCUGCUAAAAUUAAAACUGUUUCGCAAUCAGAUCAUACAAGUGUAGCAGAUGAUGAUCAACUUGAUAGAAUGACCGGUGCACUUGCAAAGGCAUUAGCCAUGCGCUCUGCUCACAUUCAAGUUUCAGGUGUAACUCCUCCUCCACCACCACCAUCACGAGGCAUAUCUCUACGUUGUCAAACAUCAAUUAUACAUCAAUAUUUAGAAAGAGAAAAAAAAGUUAUAGGACCACCAACUUGUAGUACACCACCACCACCACCACCAGCUUCCUCAAGAACAGGUCUACCAUCACCUCCUCAACGGGUAUCAAGAGGUCCUCCACCUCCUCCUCAAAUGUCUGCUAAAAUUAAAACUGUUUCGCAAUCAGAUCAUACAAGUGUAGCAGAUGAUGAUCAACUUGAUAGAAUGACCGGUGCACUUGCAAAGGCAUUAGCCAUGCGCUCUGCUCACAUUCAAGUUUCAGCACCUCUUGCUCAUCAAAAUGAAGUUAUGAUAAACCAGUUAAACUUAAUUGGUUGUGAUAAUAAUGAUUACGAUGCUCCUAAUGAGUUCAAAUGUCCUAUAACCAUGGAUGUUAUGGUUGAUCCUGUAAUUAUUGCAGAUGGUUUCACUUAUGAAAAAGAAUCAAUUAUGAAGUGGUUUUCAUCAGGAAAAGCAACAAGCCCUAUGACAAACCUUUCCUUGUCUCAUAUGUACUUAAUUCCAAAUCGGUCGUUAAAAACUUUAAUUGAAUCUUGGACUGCGAUGAAGAAAUACAAAUAAAAUGAAUAAAACUUAAAGUUGAUAAUGGGUUAUCUUUCCUUUUUUUUUUU